UAUUAUAUAAUAGAAUAAGGAAAAAAAGCUUUUCUGGGAAAAUUUCGACAGUUUUCGAGAUUUUUUGACGCCAGCGUUUUACGACUUAAGGUUUGAAAUUUUCACCAGACCUGCCCAACGAUGUUACUGAGAUAUGAUAAAAAAAAUCAAUUCAAUCCGUUCAUUUUUCACCGUUUCACGAACUUUUUUUUUUUUUAAGUCCAAGCACAUGGUUUUAAUAUGGGCAUUGAGUCAUUUUCUGCGCUAACGUUUAUUCUGAACCUUAAUUUGUGUAAUAUGUAUUUUUAUUAGGACACUAUUUUGCAUUUGCACAUAGUACUAUAUGAAAACUAAGCUGACUAACGUCAAAUCACGGUUACCAAUAUUUUUAUCAAAAUUAAAUGUUUUAUAUAGUCCCACAUAUAAUUAAAAUAUUAAUCAUUUUUGUCUAUACCAGGGUUGUAUUUAAAGGGGGAUGUGGCCCCUCUUCAACCAGCGCUAUCAAUAUUUUUUUAGACAACUUCUAAGAUAUAAUGACCUAAUGUCCUUUUUUUGGACAUCACUUUGAUUUAUAGCAAAAAAAUUCUAUAACAUGUUUAAAAAAGUAAAAAAAUAUUAAAUACCCUCCUAAAAUAAUUUCUGAAUACGCCUAAGGGGAAUACCUCAUUAACAAACGUCAACCUCAUACCCAAUACAUUUUACUAUAUUCUCUUUUUGAAAUUUCCUGAUUUUAAUAAUUAAAUUUUUAAUAUAUUUUUGUUACACUGAUUCUGAUGUAAUAUUUUUUCUGUAGAACACUUAUCGUAGCCGCGUAGCCGGGUACUUCUACCGGAAUCUGUGGCCUACUUAUGAUGACGUACAACUUUUGAACCAGUAUUUCGGAAGUAAUUAACAGUUUAAACAGGAGGUGAAGAGUGGGUGCUGGUAUUUUUAUAAUUAGACAUUUCUCAGUCGCACUCUUUCUCUAAUAGACAUAAAUAUGUCAAUAACUACCGAAGUACUGGUCCAAUAGUUGUUAUCGAGAUCCCCCUGUGUACUACCAUUGAGUAUUUUAGUUAGAUAUAGAUAUAGUAUUAAAUAGUGUUCAGCGCUUAUUUGACUUGGGGGAAAAUUAAUAAAAAUGUGUAAAAUGAGAAUAUACAGAGCUAAAAUAUUUUAUAAGAUAAUGAUUAAAUUUGAUAAUGAGAAAACAUCAGUAACAUUAUUACAAGAUGUAUUAAAUAAGCAGAGAGUUCGUACUGUGCAAUAUGAAUUACUUCAAAUUGAAGGUGCCAUUAGUGCACCUUCUUUUCAAUAUCGUGUGACAGAUGGUAGAUUUGUUGCUUAUGGACAAGGAAAAUCAAAAAAAGAAGCAAAGCAAAAUGCAGCAAAAAGUUUACUACGUAUUAUUUGUAAAGAAUAUCCUGAAUUAUGCACUGGCUCAUUAUUAGAAUUAAAUAACGAUUGUACUACAUUAACUGAAAAUUUUGAAGUGAUGAAUUUUGGAGAUAACGAUGAACGUAAUCCAAUAGGGAUGCUUCAAGAACUUUGUACAUCUCUUCACCUGCCUCCACCAGUAUAUAUUACAGAAUGUGAAGAUGGUCUUCCACAUCAAAGACUUUUUACUGUAUCUUGUAAUGUAUCUAAGUAUAAACAGACUGGUGUAGGCAAGUCAAAAAAAAUUGCCAAACGAUUAGCAGCUAAUAAUCUUUAUAUAAUACUAAAAAAUUUACAGUUAAAUCAUUCUGAAAACUUACAAACUAAUAAUUGUAUGGAUGACUUUGUUCGUUCAGAAACUACUAAUUUGUGCUGCUUGAAAAAUUCAAAAUCUAGUUCUCAGUUUCACAAAUUACCUGAAAUUCAUAGAAAUUUACCUUUAACUGAAGGUCUUUACUACAAUAAACUAAAGAAACUGACUGAUGAAAACUUAAGUUCAUGUAAUAUUAAAGAAAUUUUAGAUAACUUCAUGAUUGAACAAAAUCUGAUUGCUACAUUUAUUGAUUUUGAAGAACUAUCUAAAAGUGAAAAAUUUCAAACUUCUCUUCAGGUUUCUACCCCAAUAACAGUAGCUUUUUAUGGUGAAUCUAACAUAAGUUAUGAAAAAGCGCAGCAAAAUGCUGCAUAUAGAUCAUUAAUUUUUUUUAGAAGUAUUUUAACCAAUAGUGCACUUAAGAAUUGUUAAUAUAUCUUUGUUAUUUUUUUAAAAUAAUAAUUUUCAAAUUAGAAAAGUGUAUUAUUUAAAAAAAAAUUAUCUCUUAAAAAUUGUAAUGUUUCUGAAAAGUGAAUAAUUUUUUUUGGGCGUUAAUGUGACACAACAUACUAAUGUUAAAAAAAUAAAGUAUCUUGUAUUUUUUGUUUUUAUGUUACUGUUGUCUUUUUCACACAAAACACUAUUUUAUUUUACACUGUUUAGGUAAGAUAUUUAAAUUAACGAGAAAAUCAAUCUGGAACUUGAAGCUUAUUACAACCGAUUUCACUGUGUUACCAGUUGAUUGAUAUUAUAAUUUACAAAUAGAAUUGUUUCACACCCAA